AUGGGCGAGCAAAAGUUCAAGGCCGUCGAAAGACGUUCUCUGGCCAUGCGGAUGGAUAUUGCGCUGCAUCCGUCCACCUCCAUGUUUUGUUUUGAUGCAACAGAAUCUAAUGUAUCGUUCACUCGAGCCACAAUGUUCCCGUCUUCCGACCCUGCAAUACCGCAAGCUAGAUCAGAAGAGUUAGCGGCCGCAAAUCGGACACCGCAUAACGCUCCACGAUUCUCGAACGAUAAAGGUCACCGCGAAACCGAACUCGGCAGUGUACAGCAGCACGAGGGGCAUAGCGUCAUGCCCACAGAGUGGCUUGAGCAGGAGCUCAUAGAUAAGUCUCGACAUCCCAGCGACGCCGAAGCAGGGCAUAUACAUAUGCGAGGAGAACCAACCCAUCAGUCAUGGCAAGAACCUUACCUGCCAAUACAAGAAACUGCGCAACAGGAGCGAGGAAACCCGAGGAAUGAUACCCUGGAAGCUUCGUCGCUGCAGCUCUCAAGUCCGCUGCACAGUCAAAGACCGGCGUUUCCAGAACAAAUCCAAGCCAAUACUGUGAAGGCCACUCCCAGUGCUAAUCAAGCAUACAAGAUACGUAAUCACUAUGCGCCAGGACUGGAUUCCUUUCUUCUUCAGCAGGAGGCCAUGGCCAACCGUCAAACGGGACGUUCGGAUAUCGAUGCCCUGUUCGAGAGCAGUGAUGUUGAGGGGGACAAUUCCAUGCUGCAACAAUCUUCAGAGUCAUCGCAACAUCACCCUCCCAUCCCUGGUUUAUUUGACCACAGACCCCCCCAACACCAAGCUUCAGAAGCACUUCUGUCGAAUGAUGACCUCUGGGACGAUUCUGGACACCUCCCCGAGAUAUCGUCCAGGCUAAAGCAAGAUCUGGGCAAUGCUGAAGAAGUGCUUGCUCGGUUACGAGACGGUGAUUGGCGCCACCCGGUAGAACUCCAGACGGCGUCCAGACAGUUCGGCCUGAGCAAUGCUAGCAGUGCUGGGACAGAGCCGUUCGGUCCACCUCGGAAGUCCCUGGGCCUGGAAUCCCCUGAAAGUGCCGCUACCAGGCUAUACAGUGCAGAAGUACAGGAGGAACAUCACGUUUCCGCGUAUCACGACAACGGGGCCAGCUUGGAAGGUGACAACGAAACUGAAGGUCAAGCUCAAUUCCAUUGGCUCUCAUGUGGCUGCGCUGUCGGGCGUUGUCAUUGCCAAUCUCCCAGCUUGAACGAUACUGACGACCUCGAACGGCAAGCGAACAAUGACAACUUCCGGACAGAUCCCAGGCCAACUCAGCCGAUUGGUCAUGCAGCAUCUUCGCAGUCGACUGAAGUUGGGUCAAGGCCACCACCCUGGCACUCAGGACUGGGGACAACAAGCACUGGCCCGUCUCGUUCAGACACCCCUCGUCCGCCGAUAGAAGACAGAGAGCAACCUCCAUUCAUUAUCUAUGAUUUGGAUGACAAGAUCCUCACCACCGUCGAGGGCGAAGCUUAUGAAGAGACCACUGCAGGAGAAGACUCACGAGGUGUGGUCCCGCUUCAUCAUGGUGAACGAUCUUCUACGCCAUCACCGACAUCUGCACGUGGACGUUAUCCUGAAGUUCCUGGUUGGGACCACGAAUCUGAGGCGAAACAUAUAGAACGGGAAGUUUCGGUUCCGCCUCCUAAGAGAGAAUGGGUUAUGCCUCCUCGUGACAUGGAAAUGUCUAUGCCGCCUCGUGACAGGGAAGUGUCAAUGCCGCCGCCUCCUCGGGAGACCUCUGUGCCGCCUCCUGAGAGGGAAAUGUCCAUUCCUCCCGCCGAUGUGGAAAUGUCUGUCACUGCGGAGGUGGUGUUCGGACAAGAGACGGCAAGCUUUCCACCUGUUGAAAGACCAAAUAUGCCUCCCAUCCCAGACACUACGGCGCCUCUGAAGCAGCCUAAGCGUGGUGAACGACGCAAGUCAGCAGUUCAGGGCGCAAAGGUUGACAAGAGGUCAGUCACAGUGACGAAGCAGAGAUCCAAAUCUAGGAAUGUGACCAGAAAACCCACUGCCUCCGUCGGAAAGCUGGUGGAACAGGCUAAGAAGCUCAACAAAGCUUCCGAUGGUGUUGCUGAUGACAACGAUAUGACCAGGGACAAGCCGAGAGUAGCCGGGAAGGUUGCUGCUGCGGUCAACAAGAUCGAGAAGCAGGUCAAGCAGCAAGAAGACGUAAAGAACCUGAAGCAGAAAGAUGGGAUGCCGGUCCGCAGGAGUCAAAGGACGAAAGCGGCCAGGACGUCCGUGCCGUGAGAGGUUUCAUUUUCCCCGGGUUUACUGAGGUUGUAAUGGCUUUGUCCUUGAGCGUAAGCGUGUUGAGCAGUGGAUUUAUUAGUCCGUAGCAUAUCAUGAUAUCAUGAUACCCUUCUUUUCACCUUGUCCAGGCACAUUGUAAAGAAGAGAGUGUUCCUAGACAUGAAAGGUGGAGGUGUACCCCGGACUUGGCGGAUUGUAAAGCCGACCAAGAUCGAUCGGCCUCACUACCUCCAC